AUCCCGAGUCACAUGACUCAAACACCGGCAGCGAUAGAGAGCGCGAAAGGGACGCAGAGCCUCGGUGUUCACGAGCCUGCACAGCACCAACCCACCACCGCUAUACGCCCAAUUUCUUUUUAAUUGAACCCUUUUACUCCCGCUCGGCAGUGCUGUAGGACUAGGAUGACUGGGAAGACCCAGACCAGCAACGUGACCAACAAGAAUGACCCGCGCUCUCUCAACUCCCGCGUCUUCAUCGGCAACCUGAACACGGCCGUGGUAACCAAGGCAGACAUCGAAGCCAUCUUUGCCAAAUACGGCAAGAUUGUGGGCUGCUCGGUGCACAAGGGCUACUCCUUCGUUCAGUACGCCAGCGAGAGGAACGCCAGGGCAGCCGUGGCCGGGGAGAACACCAGGGUCAUCGCCGGACAAUCACUAGAUAUCAACAUGGCAGGAGAGCCAAAACCAUACAGGCCUAAGAUGGGCUCCAAGAGGCCUCUCUCGUCCCUCUACAGUGGCUACGAGUUUGACUACGACUACUACAGAGACGAUUUCUACAGCAGACUCUUUGAGUACCACGGUCGUGUCGUGCCGCCGACCCGUGCUGUGAUCCCCAUCAAACGUUCGCGGCUCGUCGUCCCUUCCACACGCAGAGCCAAAUCCUCCUUUCCAGUCAGGGCCUGUUCUUCCUCCUCCUCUUCCUCUUCUCGAGCGCUCAAUGUCGGCUCUUCCAUCACAGUCCCUAAACUGAAGACAGACCAGCUCCUAACAAUCAAGAAGGAGCUUUCACAGAUCAAGAACAAGAUCGACUCGCUGCUGGGAAGGCUGGAGAAGAUUGAGAGGCAACAUCGCUCUGACGGCGACAUGCAGAGGAAACAGGAGGAGGUGUGCGAGUGUCUCCAUGGUGACGCAGCGGACCACUCUAGUGGAGAGGAGGCGGAGGGGGCGGCCGAGGUAGAGGUGGGGGAGAUGACGGACGGAGGCGAAGACGACUUUGAGGAUGAAGGCACCGGUGAUAUGAUAGAGAACCACAUAUCGGACAUUGACAACUGAGAAGCCGGAGGAAAAAGGGAGCGUACAGUAGAAGAAGCUGGGAGAACAGAUACCAGCAAAACCUUCUUGAUCAAGAAGGUGUCUUUGAAAUUUAAAGGAAAGCGAUAGCGGGAGUGACUGACGGCAGAGGAAGAGUUUUUCAAACGUUUUCUUUGCCUCCAGACUGCAACUGCAAAGAGCUAUCACUAAUUUCCCUUUGUGAAAAAUAAGGACAAGAUAUUGUGUGCUUAUUAUAUUAUGGUCUGUAUUGUGCAUAAAAAAUAAAUUUACGUCAUCAAUCAGAUGAACCAUGAAACGCCCUCUUUGGUUGUGAUGUUUAUUCUGUUUCUGUGCCUCAGCGCGUGCAGAGAGCUAAAUAUGAAUGUAAGAGGAACACUUGAUAAUUAUGUGAUUUUGCUUUUAUUCACACAUUUUUCUGAAAUGUACACAGUAUGUAAUUUAUUUACAAUGUCUUGACAGUGUUGUGUAUGCAUAUCAUCCCAUUUGUUAUACAUGAUAAGAUGCAUUUUGAAUUCUGUUUAUGGUUAACAAGAUUUUUUACUAUCAGCAUGUUAAAAAUGUGGCUAUUACAUUUGUAUUCAUUGCAUCUGUUGUACAGCUAUGGAUGAUAGCAGUUUUUGAAAUAUACCCGUUCCUCCCUGAAAACUUGAGUGUUGUGGCUU